ACUGCAGGAGGAAACACAGAUCCAUUCGCUGAGAAAAACCUCCCUCUGGAAAGAGUCGAUUUACUGCGGAUUCUCCGCCCUGUACAGCCACUCCUCAUCAGUCACUGUACAUUUCCGUGUUUCAGUCCUGCAGGCUCGAGGGCUAUGUGGUGGAGGUGACUUUCCGGAAUCGCGGACAUCUUUUAUUUCAUGUUUCUCCGAGGUCUCUAGGCCGGUGGGCAGAAGAACUUUCUGAUGCGGUUUUCUGAGAAGCGACGGCUCCAUUUGUGUGAAACCUGCUCAUUGCGAUGGCUGUGUUUGCUUGUUUUGUCGGUCAUUAAUUCUGUUCGAGUUGAGACCAAAGAGAAGGAUGUUUUUCUGCGUCUUUGUAUUUAUGGCCCGAGUUCAGGGUACAAACAACGUCUCGACCUUCCCUCAAACGCCUUCAUCUUGUCACAGCAAAACAGUCGAAGUGGAGAAAUCCACAGAUCCUCACCCGUCGCUCCUGGCCGACCGAUGUUUCACUCCUGGCGCUGCGGAUGUGGACAAUAAGUCGGAGGUUUCAGAGUCAGAGCACAGUGAAGUUAUUAAAUGAUUAUUAGGGUAAGUUCGAGUUGCAGCUCAAGGGCCAAUCCGGCGACCAAUGGGUCGAAAUUCGGGGCCUUUUAUCCCCGUACGACGGAUAAUUGAUCUGGGUCUAUCAGCGUCGGAGCAUAACGUGUUAAUCAUUUUUAAAUAAUAUUUAGUAAUGGAAGUUUUAGUUGCAGUUGACAGGGCUAAGGGAUUUUCAGGUGACUCUCUUUGGAUAAAAUCUUGUAGUCGGUGGUGGCUCAGUGGACUCGAGGAAGAUUUCGAUUGAACUGCAUUUUAUUUGAGAAUGAAGCGCGAGGAUCACAGCCGAUACGACGGAGGUUCCGACCGCGCUUCGGUGCUUCUCAGUCCUCUGCUGGAUGUCUGAGCGCAGGAGGAGCGCAUGAUUUGCAUUCAAUUAUUUCACUCGUAUUUGCAAAUCGCAGAGUAAAAGGCUGAUCAUGACACUGGGAGGGCCAAUCUGCUCCUCAUCUCUCUGCAUGACUUUUGCACCUGGAGAAAAGGAUACAGCGACCGUCAGAAAUCAGCUGGACAGCUCCUUAGCCACCCAUCAGAGUGCUACUUCACCAUGGAACCCUCACAGCUCACUGAGAUUAUCACCUGUCUUCAAGAGGAUCAACAACAGUGAAAGCAGUGUCUGGAGACCCUGAUGCAAAUACAGGCACAGACCCAGAGCUUCAUGCAGCAAGUGCCUAAAGAUCCCAAGAAAGCUGUCUUGCAGUGGUCAGAGCAUCAUCGUCAGAGGUUUCGCUCUUUGACCCUAAGUGAUGUCGGCCAUCCAUUUGCAUUUGCACAACAGCUCCAAGACAACUGUCAGAAAUGGUUGCUGGCUGAGGAUCAAGAUGCCAGAAGGAUUGUAGAGCGGGUUGUAAUGGAGCAGUUAGUUGAGCGACUUCCAGAAGUAACAGCCAAGUGGGUCCAGCACCAACAACCAGCAACACUAAAUCAGGCCAUCCAAUUGGCAGAGAACCACAUGGCAUCUCGCUCUCCCCUCUUCAGCAUCUACCCAAGUGAAGCAAUGAUUAAGGCACGCUGGGUGAAGGUGUGCAUUGGCUUUCCAUGGAGGUGGCCAGAGCAACAUCACCAGAAGUUCCGUUCCUUACUCCUCAGUGACGUCGGCAACCUAUUUGCAUUUGCACAACAGCUCCAAGACAACUGUGAGAAGUGGUUGCUGGCUGAGGAUCGUGACCCUGGAAGGAUUGUAGAGCGGGUGGUAAUGGAGCAGUUUAUUGCCCAACUUCCAGAAGUGAUAGCCAAGUGGGUCCAGCACCAACAACCAGCAACAUUAAAUGAGGCUAUCCAAUUGGCAGUGAAUCAAUCAUUCAUUGUUGUUUGUGUUAAUUUCUAGUUUUGUAGUUUGCCAAUAAAUGUAAACAGGCAGUUGACAUUGUAACCACGUGAAAAUCCAAGUUAAAGGUCGAUUUUUUUUUAUUGAGAUUUUAAAUUUACAUCUAAAAAUAUAAAAUGUCUACUGACAUUGUAAUAUGUGGUAGAUAGUUACAACAACUGCAAAAAAAUAUUUUCUGAAUGGAAUAGAAAAAAACUGAAUAUUUCAAGCAUGCAAUUUUUUUUCAUACCCUAGGAAUUUAAUUCUGGCCUAAUUCUAUUUAUUGCAAUUGGAUUAUAAAUACUCUAUAAGCAUUCCAUUCUUUUUUUAAAUUACGUUUAUUUGUUUUAACAACAUAAAACAAACAACAUACGACAGAACAAGACUCGGCUCACAGACUCAAAUACUGACAGUUGGCUCAUUAAUUAUAUGAUGGCAUAAAAUGAAGAAAUAAAUGAGUAUGAAAUUGAAA